GAAACACUACAAUAGUUAUUCAUAAACCGUUUGUUCUGGAAAGUAGGCCAAUGUAAUCUUAAAAUAACCUAACUCAGUCGGUUAGCAAAGCAUUGCAUAAUGUCUUAUUUUGGUAAGAACAAUUUUGGCGAAAGUCCAGGAUUUGACGCAGUUACGAUUUGAUUCACAGAAAGUCCGGCCGGUGAAGAUAAACACUGUGAGUAUUUCCUCUUGCAAAACUUAUCAAAAUCUGAAUAGAUAGCAAGUUUUACACUCAAAGCUGUAAUUUAAAGCGAGGAAUUGGGUCUAUAGUGGUUGGCCUUGAUUAUAAACCCCUCGAAAUAAUUCUCUAAAGUUCUUAGCACACCACGAUCCCAAAAGCCAAACCCCCGAGAAAAGCUUCUUUCCGCUUUUUUGGCUUGUUUUGGUUGUUCUACUUCCUAUAUGCGAGUGUUCACUUGAUGUUACGGGGACGUCAACCAUACCCCUUACAAGCCUUACUGAUAACGAUUUUCUAAGGACUAGAAUUUAACAGCGGUAACUAUUUGCUAAAGGUUAGUCUCCCUAGUUCAAGGAUUCAUCUAAAGAUGAAUUAAGAAUUCGAUACUACUGCUAACUUGGCUCAAAAUUUAAGCACCCUGUGCUCGAACUUUUUGCAGCCAAUCGCUCAUCCGCUGGAAAGAAAAAAAUAAUAUAAACAAAAGAAUAAACAAAUAGUACAUUAUUUAAUGACGAUUACCAUUUUGCAGACUCGAGCACCUUCGGGAUUGAAUUUGCAUUUGAUUGAAUAAGAAAUCGGAAAAGUCAGUCACCUGAUCAGGAAUGCAUGUCGUGAUGUAUUAUGUUUCUAAGAACAAAUUAGUGAGCGGAAGUUAGUUCCUAAUUUGAAGCAGUUUCGAUUUCAUUUACAAAAAAGAUCAAGUCACUCUUGAUCAACAAGGUGAGUAUUCUCUUUGUCAAAUCUUUUGAAGUUCAACCGAAUCUUUUUCCUGAGUCUAAAGCCGUUUGCAGCUGCUGCAUAGAACAAAGUAAAGCGUUGUGCAUUCACUUUGUAAGACAAAGUAAAGCGUUGUGCAUUCACUUUGCCUUGCGUCGAUGUAUUUAGGGAUUAGCACCGCGAAGUCAAGAUGAGUACUGAGAGCAAUUUUGUCAUCUUGUGGAAGAAUUACUUCACAACAAUCACAGCGGCAAAUCUAGUCACCGGCUGAGUUGUUUUCAGUUCAAUUACCAUACGAUUUCUUGAUCUUGGAAAUAAAAAGCUACUUUCUAUAUGGAUAACAAUAGUUCUGUAAGAAAUAGCGAACCCAUCAGAGAUGUGGUGUUUGAACCUCAUGAAAUGGUAGCAACUCGCUUAAUUAGAGGGAGACUUUUACCGCUUUCACUAAUGAGAUUCAAGAGUCAUCCAAAGUUUGUGUCAAACGCGGCUACUAUAUUCAUAUUUCGUUAGGUGUUGCAUAAAUAGCACGAGUCAGAUAACUGUCGUCUGGUAACGAUCAUCACUAAGAAAACUAAAAGAAGAGCAGUCGAAUUGAGAAAAUGAAUGUUCCUUUUUUCAGUAAUCGCGCCGAUACUAAAAGCAUAGGGGAGUUAAAGAUAAUCUUCUUUAUGUGAUUGUUUGCGACCGUGUUUGAAGCGCAACCUGCUCUAUAGAAAUCUAAUUACCACGAACACAAACCAGUCAUUUAGUUUACCAAAUUUUGGAUGUUAUACCUUGUUGAAAUAAAUGACAGGCUUGCACGGGUGUAUGCGAUUGGAGAGAUGAACAAAAUUAAUAACAUGGUGUGACAUUUUUGGUUUGUGACGCUUUCACGGCAGUCUCCUUAGUUUGGUCAGAUAAAUUAUAUAUGCUCAAAAUUUGAGCAUUAUGCUUUGAGAGUCACCCCUGAAAGUAUAGCAUUAUGCAUAAAAUUCUGCUCAACGUGAUAACAACUUUUAAGAGAGCCUCAACUACCCCUCCCCCAUUCCUACCACCAAAAUCCCUACCACCAUUCCUACCAAAUUUCAGAAUACGAUAUUUUACUGGAUCAAACUCCUUAAGUGAACGCAAAAGAAGGAGGCCCACAGUUGAAAUUGCUCAGAAUUUAUCUCUUGUUGAACUGUUACUUCAAGGGAAUUUUUGAGAAGUUUAAUCCUUAAGCCUGCAUUAUGCUCGAUGCUGUGACUGUUUUAUGGCCAAAAUUAUGCCGGCAUAAUUUAUCCGAUCCUACUCCAUAGUUCCGUCACCCAGUACGUUCUGAUGGCAAAGAGAAAACACAAUGAACAAUAAAAAUAAAUAAAUAAAUAAAAAAUAGCUGGAAAGAAGAAUACUCCAACAGACUUGUAGCUCUUUAAUAUAGCUUUCCAUAGUCGACACAAAGGUUUCAUUUCCUUACCUUUCAAAUAUUUUUGUCUCAUCCUAAGCUCAAUUCUUGAGGUUGAAUCCCAAACUGAAGACGUCGUUACAAGGUAAUUUCACCAGUUGACUUUUUCAAAUGAUUCCGUUGUCGUGUUUUAGAACGAAAGGCUUUCAUAAGGCUAUCAUAAGGCUCUCGUUAUGGAUCUUGAGGUUUCUUUAGCUUGACUUCAUAUUUUUAAUAUUAUGCAGGAAUCGCUUCACAGAAGACGUGUCAAUAGUUAAAAGGACAUUUUUCAUUCAAAGACUGCGUAAGUGGUGUUUUUUCUCCAAUUUUGUUUUAUGGUGAUAACGUUUUCUCCAAGCUUAUAUUAUCCCAACAUUUUCAUUAAUUCAUAGAUCUUCCAUGCACUUUUGAGUUAUGAAAAAGCUUUGUACCCAGCGUUUAAAAAGCGACUCCAUCUGUACCAAGAUUCCUUAUCGAUCAAACUCUUCAUGUGAGCCGUGACGUCUCUGCAUGAGGCUCUCUUGCCUGCCCUUAUUCAAACUGAAUGCAAUUGCUGGAUCAUGAUAAUAUCACCUAGGUCAUUUGUCACCUGUUAUUCUGUUGACUCUGAAAGCGCACGCCCUAUUUUCUGUUCUGUUGAGAGCUCAGAUCAGUUCCUGUACCUUACUUCUCUCCUGUGAUUGUGUUUUAGUCAUGGGUUAUCAAACGGCUGUGAAUAUAUGAAGUAAUAUAUUUGAACAGCGGAUAAAGACGUGAAUAUGAAAGUGAUCUUCGCAGUUAUGAACACUACUUGAGCAGUAGUGAAAAGAAGGCCUGAAAAAAAAAUUCAGACCUGUACGGGAUGUGAACCUAUGACCUCUGCGAUACGGAUGCAGUGCUCUACCAACUGAGCUAACAAGGCAACUAGGAUAUGGUUACUGUGUUGGUUCCAAAUAAACCUGUGAAGUGGUGAAUAAACGGCCGUGAAUAUAUGAAAUUCAUAAAUUUGAACUGCCCGUACAGGCCUGAAUUUUUUUUCAGGCCUUCUUUUCACUACUACUCAAGAACCAAUACAGCUCCCAGUUGGUUGGUUAGUUGGUAUCGCAGAGGUCUUGGGUUCAAAUCCCAUAUGGGCCUGAAUUUUUUUCAGGCCUUCUUUUCACUAUUGCUUAAGUAGUGUUCAUAACUACGAAGAUCGCUUUCAUAUUCAUGGGUCAUUGGAGUGUAAGCUCUGAUAUAUACUGCAUUUUAAGGCUGUUUCGAUUAUCAUUUUCCAGAUUUUGCGGACAUAUGUUGGUUUGUCCACUCAGUGUUGUUUUUUUAAAGCAAACAUGCUGACAGAAGCAGGUCACAGCUCAGAAAGUGCUGCGAGUGAAUACACAACAAACAGCUCACCUGCCGACGAGAACACACCGCUAGUGCGAGAGGAUAAUUCAAGAAGUCGCCAAGUCAGAUGCUGUGAACAUUUCAAUUGUCGCCAUUUCUUACUAAUUGGCCUUUCUUUACUGUCUUUUGCUGAGUUGGUUUUGCUUAUAAAAAGCACAUUUCUGAUUCCUCGCAAAGAGCAUUUGAAAGCGACUGUUUCCUUGAAUGUAGUAGAAAUUGGAAAUUGUUUUUUUUUCCUGGGAAUCAUUGUAAAAUCCCCAUCAUUCGCCGGUUUCUUAACAGUUCUUAGAGAUCUGUGUUUUCUGCCAAAUUUUUGGACCCUGCUUUUAUUUUUUCUACUCUAUUUGAUUGGUGGCUUAAUAAAUAUCGACAUUUAUCGUGGAUUGUACAUGAAUUGUACACAACAUCGGAAUGAUGAAAAAUGUUACAGAUUUCAAUUAGCCGUCGUUAAAAGUAUUCUUGAAAUAUUGGAUUUCUUUACAAUGAUGAUAUUAGUUGUAUUUCUAAAUCACACUAAUCUUCGUUAUACGAUAUCAGGUCGCGUGUGGGUGUAUAGAAUGCUUAAGGGAACUUUAGUUAUGUUUUGUUUCCGCGUUUUCGUCCCCGUGGUCGUCAACAUAACGAACACAAGUAUUACUUUGAUUGAUGUCCCAGAUAAAGACGCGGACACAAUAAAGGCCCAAAUCAUUAACGAAAUUUUGUUAUUACCAUUUUGCAAAAAAAUCAUUGAACUCCUUUGGCAAAAAAUCUUCUUCGAUGAAAAGUGUAUCAUUGGCAAGAUAAGGAGAAACAGAGGUACACGCCAAAUUACUUUCGUCGUUUAACUCAAUUGUGAUUUUCUGCAUUUCUGUCAGGUUUAUGAAAAUGUAGGUUUGUAACACCUGUGGUAAUUAGUUUGACAGAACAUGUUUAAUAAGUUUGUCUAUGGAAAGUAUUUCAGGAAUGCAUUGGUUUUCACUUAGACUACAAGGUGAGAUUGAGACAGCUCGCACCACUAUCUUAACCAAUCAAGUGCAAUUGUGUGUAUUUGAUAUCUUACCAGGGUCAAAGCCGUCUGCAGCUUCGCCUCGAAUUAUAAUUGAAAGUCAAGGUAAUUGCGCCCUGACUCUUGAUUGAAUAGACACCGUUAAAUACGACCUAGAUCUUUAAAAGGGCUUCAACAGUCAUAUUUCAUUUUUUUCCCACUGUUACAUAGUCAUGGUCUUAUUCAGAUCAUAAAUAAUCAUCAAUGCAACUUAAUUUAUAUUUUAGUUACUUAAGGUUUGAUUUUCCUGCUUUUUGUCAUAUUUUGUUACGCUAUUUAUUGUUAUCAAUUUAAGGAAGUUUAGUUAUCAAAAUUUUUUCAGCCACGUUUGUGUCAAAUGAGAUAAAUUAUGUAGAUAAACUGCUUAAUUUGGUUAUAGAUUAGAUGAGGUGAUCUUCGCUCCUGCUGGGCGCAUAAGGCGUCGACCACAGAUCUACACCGGACCCUGCUUUUUAUG